GACAACAGAUGCAUUGUUGCUGCCCACCCAGAGACACCUAUCAUCAGGAAUCAACAGCAAAUCUCAUUCCACCUUCACAAUCAUGCUUUCAUUAUCAUCCUUCACAACAUUAUCCUCAUUGCAAUCAUCAACAUCCAUCAUCAUUUUAUCAAUUGACACCACCAUCUCAUCAGUCUUCAAUCUCAUCUUGUCACCAUGCAACAUCAUAUCAUCAUCAUGCCCCCUCAUAUCACUAUCCUGGAACCUCACCAUUUCAUCAUCCUCCACAGUCAUAUCAUCCUGCAUCUUCAUUUUUGCAUGACCCACGAUGCAUAUCUUCACUAGAUCCCAAAAACUCAAGAGGUUUUGAACGAGAACAUUCAGAGUAUUUUGAAUGUGACAGAAGUUCUUCAGGUAAACGUAAGGACGAUAUUGCAGUGUACGACAUCUCUAGUAGCACUGAGAGUGACUCAAGUGUUGAAGCUGAUGACGAUAUAAAAAAAGAAACUUCAGAAAAUGAAACCCCAAAAAGACACCUCAGACCUCGAAAAAAUGUAAAGAUUGCUGAAACUGCAUCUGAUAAGGACGUGGAGGAAAAUGAGUUUUAUGAGUGCUACCAGUGUAAACAGCCCUGUGAAUACUACUGCCCUUCGCACAGCCUUUGGCUGAAGACCAAGGAUGCUCCUCAAGGUGCGCCAUAUUGGACAGCAAAAAAAUCUACACCAAAAGAAUUGGAUAUAAAAUUGUCAGGGAUACCUAAGGCUGGAUUAGGCAUCUGGGCACGAGUUUCAUUGCCCCAAGGAACUCUGAUGGGCCCAUUCAUAGGGACUAUACAUCACAAGUGUCCAGUAGACAAAACUUAUGUGUGGAAAAUGCCACCUUCACAUGCGCAGUGUGCAAGAAGUACUUCAGAAGUCCGUUAUGUGCUAAAGAACACUGUAAAAAGAAAACUGGGACAACUUGUAGGUUUUGUAAGAACGACCACAUGUUUAGUAUUCCAUAGUGAAGAGUUUAAACUGUAUAAUCAUAACAUUCAU